AGCAAACGCCCACACGCCGAGUGCGCAGCGGCUUCUGCAACUUCAGAUGGUGGGAUACUUGCGACGAGCAUCCAAGGGCCGGUCGGCAGCGCAUUUACAGGUGGUGUCUUCCAAUGUGUCGUUCACCUGCCUGAACGCUUCCCAGAGCAACCUCCGAUGGUGAAGAUGCGCACGAAAAUCUACCAUCCCAACAUCGAUGGUCAGACUGGCAGUGUGCUGCUUGCGAACUGGUCGCCUUCGGUGCUGGUCGAAAAAUCGAUCGCGCAGGUGGUGGCAGAGCUGCUCGCCAACCCCAUGCUCGGACAGACUAGUCCCAGCGAGGCGUUGAAUCCGAAGACGGCAAAGACGUUCCUGCGGGACCCUCGCAAAUUCAAACAGACAGCAGCGGAGUGGGUGCGGUUGUAUGCA